UUCUCUCUUCUCUCUUCAACGAUUCCAUGGCUUCUGAUCUAUCCCUCCUGCUUGUUGUUGCUCUCGUUGCAGCUUUGUCUUUCUCUCAAGCUUUAGCCCGUGAUCCAGGCGCCCUUCAAGACUUCUGUGUUGCAGACAGCAUGUCCAAAGUUAUUGUGAAUGGAUUCACUUGCAAGAAUCCAGAACUCGUUAAAGCUGAUGACUUCUUCUUGUCGGGUCUCAAUGUGCCUCGUAGCACCAUGAACAAAGUUGCUUCCAAUGUGACGCUCAUAAAUGCAAAUAUAAUUCCCGGCCUCAACACUCUUGGCAUCUCCAUGGCUCGAGUGGACUAUGCCCCCCGCGGUCUCAAUCCUCCGCACAUCCACCCUCGUGCCACAGAGCUCCAAACAGUGUUGGAAGGCUCACUCUACGUUGGAUUCAUAACGUCCAAUCCCGAGAACAAGUUGGUGACCAAAGUGCUUAACAAGGGUGAUGUGUUCGUAUUCCCUCAAGGCCUAAUUCACUUCCAGUUCAAUCUUGGUAGGACGAGGGCUCUUGCGAUGUCAUUUCUAAGUAGCCAAAAUCCAGGAGUAAUCACCAUCGCCAAUACUGUCUUUGGGUCAAAGCCAAACAUCUCGGAUGAUAUUCUUUCAAAGGCUUUCCAGGUGGAUAAGAAGACUAUCGAUUGGAUCCAAUCUCAGUUCUAGAAAACCAACGAAAGUUAAUAAAAUAAAUAUUGUUAUACAAUGCAUUUAUUUCUACAUUAAUUCAUU